AUGAUGCAUCUUACCCCAAACAUACGCUGCCUUACCAUCGUGUGCGGCCCUGAGGGGGUGGCAGCCCCAGUCAUACUCCCACACCAUAUUAAACCUUGGUAUCAACUGGGACCCGACUCUGCUCCACACGUGACCCUCGCAGUAGUGAAUGGACAUGAGGCCCGAAGUCUGGGUCCAAUGAUAAAAAGGGCCUCGAAACUCAUUUGGGAAGCGACUAGUACACCAGGCCUGUUGAAGGCAACCACCGAAGAGAUGUGGCGUCUGACUAUGGUGGACACUGAAGAACAGUGCCAGCCUGAGCGCCUCACUCUCCCCAGGCAUCACGGGAAACCAUAUUCUGAUCACCCUUCCUCCCCUGCUGUCUUGGACUCCAUAGACAAGGCAAUAUGGACAACCACACCAUUUGACGUGGGAAAGUUACAGGUCCAACCAGUGUGCAUUACCCUAACCAAUCCGGCACAAGUACCAAUAUUUCGAACCCAAUAUCGACUGAAGCAAGAACAGACAGAGGGGAUAAGACCCACUAUCGAAGGCCUACUGGAAGCUGGGUGCAUAUACAGGACUCUAUCACUCUGGAACACCCCCAUACUUCCUGUUCUGAAGGCAGGAGGAGAAACAUACCGGAUGGUGCAGGAUUUCCGGGCUGUAAAUGAAGUUACCACACCCAUCGAUCUCCCUGUUCCAGACCCACACAUCAUACUGAGCAACCUGUCACCCAAACAUCGGUAUUUCACCGUAGUGGACUUGGCCAAUGCCUUUUUCAGCAUCCCAUUGGAUGAGGCUUCCCAGCCACUUUUUGCCUUUACCUACGAGAAUCAGCAAUUUACCUAUUCCGUACUUCCCCAAGGUUACACUUCUUCCCCGGGAAUCUUCAAUUAUAUUCUGAAGACUCACCUGGCAGAACUGAAAAUCCCAGAAGGAGUGAUACUCAUACAAUACGUAGACGACCUGUUGCUGGGGGCUCCCACCUCAGACCUCUGUCUAGAAAUGACUAAAACCCUGUUAGACUUUCUGGCAGUCAAAGGCUACAAAGUCAAGAUGUCAAAAGUCCAAUCAUGCAGACGAACCGUUCUGUUCCUGGGAAGGGAAAUCUCAAGCGAGGGGGCCGGACUCUCAAAAUCACACCGAGACUCAAUCCUACAUCAUCCCAGGCCCAUUACUGUUUCAGGAAUGCUCUCUUUCCUGGGGUUGACGGGAUACAGCCGUACUCACAUCCCAGACUAUACUGAAAGAACUGAACCUCUGAGAGAAAUUGUUCGAGAAGCUGGCCCAAGAAACCUACAGGCCCCACUUACAUGGACUCCUGAAGCUUCAACGGCGUUUGGGCUCCUGAAGACUGACCUGUCUGUGGCUGCUGCUCUCACGGCACCAGACUACGGUAAAACAUUUCACCUGGAUGUUUCUGAAAAGGAAGGCUUUGCAUCCGCCGUCCUUUUUCAGAAACAUGAGGGGGAGAGAAGAGUACUCAUGUACCACUCUUCAAAACUUGACCACAUUGAAACCGGCCAGACCGCCUGUUCCAGAUACGUUGCGGCGGUAGCCAAGGCGAUUGAGAAGACAGCCCAUCUGGUAAUGUGCCACAAGAUGCAAAUACACACCCACCACGGGGUGGCAGCAUACCUCAUCAGCAAAGAAUUUACCUUCAGUGCGGACAGAAUAAACAAAAUCCAGAACAAAUGCACCCAGUCACACAUCACUUUUGUGAACACCGACAAGAACAUGGCAGAUGCACUCACCGCAGAAGAUGGCCUAGCACACUCCUGCCAAGAGAGGGCAGCACAAGAGCUCAAACUGAGACCAGACCUGGAAAAUGAACCACUGACAUCUCCAGACCUAUGGCUGUACAGAGACGGAUGUUGCUACAAGGGAGACACAGGAAACGUAGCUGCCUAUGCGGUCGUACAGCAGCUGCAUGACAAAACACAUGUCACGUUGGAAUCAGGAAUUAUCCCCCAGCCAGCAUCGGCACAACUUGCGGAAAUUGUGGCUUUGACUCAAGCUCUAGAGAAAGCCGAAGGAAAAACUGUAAACAUUUACACGGACUCGGCAUACGCACACGGAGCAGUGCACAUAGAUGGACCACAAUGGGUUAGGCGCAACUUUACCACCACAGGUAACCUACCCAUCAGGCACCGAGCCCAAAUGGAAUGUUUGAUGCAUGCCGUGUCCUUACCAAAGACAGUGGCCAUAAUGAAAUGCCGAGGCCACCAAAGACUGACCAGCAGAAUCAAUCAAGGAAAUGAUGCCGCAGACCUGGCAGCCAAGGCCGCAGGAGGAUACAGCCCCGACAGAUGGUGCUCGGGAUAG